AUGUAUUCUAUUGAUGUUAAUUUUCAGAGGUGUGCCUAUCGAUUAAACUGCGACAUUACAGAUACAAGUUGCUCAUAUAUUCUUAUUAGAAGGAGAAGGGAAGAGCUUUCAUGGGCGAGAGAUGUAGAUCGCCAUGGAAUUAGUAUCGUAGGAAAUUACAAAGGCAUGCGAUUUAUCGUCAAAUGCAUCGAUACGAGCGAGAAAGUAAGCAUCGAUAUCGUUGAAGAACUGAAUGAGGUCAUGCCUGAUGAUCCCAAUUUGCUGAGGAUCAUCGUUACAAGUGGAGGAGGUUUUACAAAAGAAUCAUUGGAGUUCGAAAGGAAAAAUAAUUUUUGUCUCCUUACCGACAAUAAUCACUUGGUUUCAGAUCUUAUGGAUCGUUAUAUGAUGAUUGAAAAUGAAAGAAUCGAAAGAAUGAUUGAAAUCGAAAGAAUGAUUGAAAAUGAAAGAAUGUUUGAAAUCGAAAGAAUGAUUGAAAAUGAAAGAAUGUUUGAAAUCGAAAGAAUGAUUGAAAAUGAAAGAAUGUUUGAAAACGAAAGAAUGAUUGAAAUCGAAAGAAUGUUUGAAAACGAAAGAAUGAUUGAAAUCGAAAGAAUGUUUGAAAACGAAAGAAUAGAAAUUACCUACGUACCUGGACUAUAUAAAAUAGAUGAAAUCUUAGUAAACGCUGCUGACAACAAGGUUCGAGACGAUAAAAUGAACCUUCGUAAAGUUGAUAUUGACGAAGAAGGAGGUCAAAUUUCCAUCUCUAAUAACGGAAAAGGAAUCCCUAUUGAAAUGCACAAAGACGAAGGAAUCUAUGUACCUCAUCUAUAUUUUCGCAGCUAUUUACAUCUUCAAAUUAUGAUGAUAAGGAAAAGAAAGUUUCCAGUGGUUGUAAUGGUUUCGGAAUUAUAUGACCGUUUCGAACAACCAAUUCUCACUACUUGUUCCAAAAAUGCUGGUGAUUACACAUGGGUCAUCUUUAGGCUCGAUCUUCAAAAAUUUAAAGAUGACUCGGUUUGA